CGCCCCGGCGCUCCGGUCCCUCCCUCCUCCCGGCUCUCCGCUGGCGCCCUCCCCUCGCCGGGGGCUGCGAGUUGCAUUUGGUAAAACCCAGCCCCGGAAUAUAUAGAUCAUUGGAGCGCAAUGAAGUAGCCUUUGGAGAGGAGGGAGGGGGCUCGUCCCACAGCCACAGCGGCCAGCGCAGCGGCAGCGGCAGCGGCAGCGGCGGCGGCACCACCAUCACCGCUCGCACCCCAGCCGCCCGGCCCGCGAGGAGGUAGCGGCGGCCGCGGGAGGGAGUGGAGGCGGCGGCGGAGAGGCGAGGAGGAACAGCAGGAGGAGCCGGAGCGCGCAGUCGGCGGGUCCACGCAUCUCCGCACUUCCAGAGCAACUCCGGCGUCUUCCACACCCCUGCCCGGGGCUGGGGGCUCCGAGAGCCGCCGCGAAGCCAACCCGAUCCUCCUUCCGAGCGCUGCCCAGCCCUGCCCUGCUCCUCCCGGGCUCCGCUCCGCGCCGCCCGCGGGGUCCCCGCUCCUGCGCCCCGGGCGCGCCUCCCGGACACCCGGGUCCCCGCAGGCAGGACAAAGCCAUGAAGCCGGCGCUGCUGGAAGUGAUGAGGAUGAACAGAAUUUGCCGGAUGGUGCUGGCCACUUGCUUGGGAUCCUUUAUCCUGGUCAUCUUCUAUUUCCAAAGUAUGUUGCACCCAGUCAUGCGGAGAAACCCCUUCGGUGUGGACAUCUGCUGCCGGAAGGGGUCUCGAAGCCCCCUGCAGGAACUCUACAACCCGACUCAGCUGGAGCUCUCCAACACCGCGGUCCUGCACCAGAUGAGGCGGGACCAGGUCACGGACACGUGCCGGGCGAGCAGCGCCAUGAGCCGCAAGCGGCGGGUGCUGACCCCCAACGACCUGAAGCACCUGGUAGUGGACGAGGACCACGAGCUCAUCUACUGCUACGUGCCCAAGGUGGCCUGCACCAACUGGAAGCGGCUCAUGAUGGUCCUGACUGGGCGGGGGAAGUACAGUGACCCCAUGGAGAUCCCGGCCAACGAGGCGCACGUCUCCGCCAACCUGAAGACCCUGAACCAGUACAGUAUCCCAGAGAUCAACCACCGCUUGAAAAGCUACAUGAAGUUCCUGUUCGUUCGCGAGCCCUUCGAGAGGCUGGUGUCGGCCUAUCGCAACAAGUUCACCCAGAAGUACAACACCUCCUUCCACAAGCGCUACGGCACCAAGAUCAUCAAGCGCCAGCGGAAGAACGCCACCCAGGAGGCGCUGCGCAAAGGGGACGACGUCAAGUUCGAGGAGUUCGUGGCCUAUCUCAUCGACCCGCACACCCAGCGCGAGGAGCCCUUCAACGAACACUGGCAAACCGUCUACUCGCUCUGCCACCCGUGCCACAUCCACUACGACCUCGUGGGCAAGUACGAGACGCUGGAGGAGGAUUCUAAUUACGUGCUGCAGCUGGCAGGAGUGGGCAGCUACCUGAAGUUCCCCACCUAUGCCAAAUCCACAAGAACUACUGAUGAAAUGACCACAGAAUUCUUCCAAAACAUCAGCUCAGAGCACCAAACGCAGCUGUACGAAGUCUACAAACUCGAUUUUUUAAUGUUCAAUUACUCAGUGCCAAGCUACCUGAAAUUGGAAUAGAGGGGGUGGGGAGAGGGAGAGAAUCAUGGUUUUUAAUUUAAGAUUUUUAUUUGUCAAAAGAAUUAUAUGGAUAUUGGGUUAUUUUGUAAAUUAAUAUUUCUUUGGGGAUGAUGCUGCGAGCAGCAUAGUGAGAAUUAUUUAAAAUCCUUAGUGCGGAAGGACAGCUGUCUUUGCAGGGGAAUGGAGUGGGUGUCCUUGUGUUUAGACAUGAAUACUGCAACACUGUCUCAAAGGUUUCCUUGUGUUCUGGUGAAUUCCAUGAAUUGUGCAUCCCAUAAAUUCUAAUUAAUAUUAUUUAUAGUUAUUUAAACAUGGUCUCCGUAUAGAUUUCUUUGUGUGGCAACAAGACUCGAAUGUCUUUGCAGAAGAAAUCUAUGUUUCCUUCUAUGCUUGCUUGCUAUAGUUCAUUUGGGGGUGUGAAUGUUCUCCCUCACCGCUCAGAGAGUCACUGUGUGAUAACAACCAUUGUGAUGUGUAUUGAUGCCACCAUUCUUGAAAUUCUGCUAGAAAUAAAUAGAAAGAGGCACCUUUGCAAGGGACUUAAUUCCAAACCGAUUUUCAAUCAACCCAAAAGUCCCUUGCACUAAAGAAAUGUGGUUGUCUUUUUUUUAACCCAAGGAGAGAGCUGAUUGUAGUUUUUUUUCCCCCCCACCAGAAUUAGUAGUCUGAUAGAAUAGGCUUUUCUAAAGAAAUUUUUAACUGGCAGUGCCAGUUGUAAUGAAGGUGUGAAGUGGCUGUUGCUUUAUAGUCAACAAAUAUUUAUUGAGCAACUACUACAUGCCAGGCCUCAUUUUAGGCCCUGCAGAUAGAGCAUUGAACAAAACCAAUAGUCUCAGCCCUCAGGAAGCUUUACCUGGACACAGAGUAUCCAGCUUGACAAUUAGCAAACCCCCAACAUUUUGGAUGUACCAUGAGGUUUGAACUGUUUAUAAGCAGGAGGUCCAUGACCCCUACAAAUUUGGAUUUUUCGAUGGCCCAAAUUUGCAAAUCACCUCCUUGGAGCAUGCCACUUAACUUGGUGAGUAAUCCAAGCUCAGUGCUCAGCACAGGAGACGAGAAAAAUGUUUGCUAUCCUGUGCCCGCUCCAACUUAUUGGUAGUGUCUGCGUUUAAGCCCCAGAACAAAUUUACCAGCCACAGCGUAGAACCGUGCUGUGAGUGAUUAGUAAUGUCUGCUUUGGGUGAGGGAAGGGGAACUUUUAGCUGAGUCCAGGGCCGCCUCCUGUCAUCUCUAGCCCAGCAGUAACGUCUCCAUGUAGAAGCGUUAUUUUCUACUCUUGCCACGUGGAAGAGUGAAAUGCUGUGGCAGGAUUUCUACACUUGGAGAUUUACAAUGGAUUGGUGUUUCUACCCCUCGUGAAGGUCAGAGGUGGAGUAUUGGUACACACGUGCACCUGCGUACCCCCCCAAGUCCUCCCAAAGCUAAGAGCAUCAGCAGCUUUGUGACCGCCACGCGUGAGCAGCGAGGACAGCCUUCUGUGACCAUCAGCCAUUCCCCUUUCCCUCUGGAAGGCUGACAACAUUCACUUCCUGUUCUAAUACUUGCACACGCUUCUCAUUUCCAACCAUUUCCGAUGCCUCGGUUGAAGUUUGAGCCACAUCCCUCUUACAGCUAGUGAAUGAGUUGGUAGCAGAUACUGUAUAUAAUUAAUAAUAAUAAUAAUAGUUCUAAUAAUAGGGGGUGGGGUGGGAUGGGGUGUGGGUAAAUUUUGCUUUUUGUUUUUUUAUUGAUGCAGUAUAUAGCCACGGGGUGAGAAGAAUAUUCUAAAACAAACAAAAAAUGAAUAAUUUAUUCACAGAAACUAUUAAAAUUGUAUAGUAAAGCUCAGAGACAGCUCAGUGAGCAGCAGCUGCCACAUCUCACCGAGAAAAUUAUUUUAUUGAAUGUGAGUGAGGUGUGCACUGGAGAAGGUGGCCGAAGCUAUUUAUAAAUGUUGUGUACCUUCCUCCAAGCUCUCUCCCCUUGUGAAGGGCACAGUGGCUCUACCCUUGAUGAAUAGAGAUUUAUGCAACAUGUUUUACCAAGUAGAGUGUCAGUUUUCAGCUGUUCCCUGGAAUUGGGAGUCUGGGUCCUAGUUCCAGACAGGGAACACUGUUUUCAGAAAUAGAGAUUCUGCUAAUGAAACAGACUGUCCAGCAUUUUUUUAACAUAUGCUCUACAGAACACAGGUUCUAGGGGAUGUCAAGUUCAUGAGACACCCAAUGAGAGUUUUGUGGUCAUGUAUCCUUGGCAAACCAAGUUAAGUCAGUUUCCUUUCUUCAGGACUUUUCAGAGCCUUGAAUGUGCACUGUGCAUUGUGAAUUCCAAGAGCAUCAGUGAGUCAGUAGCAUUUCCCGAACUUACAUGACCAGGAUACCCUAUUUUGCAGAUCAUGUCACAGAGCUACUGUUCCACAGAGUAUACUUUGGUUAGGUUGAUUUAGCGCAUCUGAGGUCUUCAAGGAUAAAAACUGCCUCUCUAACCCCACUCCAAAAGACAAAAACAAAACAAAACAAAAAAUAAAAAUAAAAUAGCACCAUCGUGUCCAUCUGGUUUGUAGCCCACAGAGGUACUUUAUCAAAGGACUUCAACUUUUACUUACGUGCAAUGGUUCCAAUCCUGGAUACAAACAACGAUUUGUACA